AUGUCUCACUUAGCUAACUGCGAGAAUUUUGUUUGUUCUAAUGCCUUGUUGAAAUGUCCAAACUCGUAUUGCAUACCGUAUUAUAUGGUGUCUGAUGGUCACAGUGACUGUCCUGGUGCAGAGGAUGAAGAAUUUAAUUUAUAUAACCUCAAUUUAAUGCACAGCCAAUUAAUGAUUUGCCGUGGGUUUAACCAACUCCUCGUCCACCCUGCGCAUGUCUGUGACGGCAUUAACAACUGCCCUGCACGUGAUGACGAGUUGCGCUGCUAUGAGACAUGUCCGACAGGAUUUGCCUGUGGUGAAAGCGUCACCGAGGUCUUUGACCACAAUGAGGUGAAUCACAGAGAUUUGUUUCAGACUAAAGAUAAGUCUACCAGGAUUUUAGUUUUAUCUGGUAUAACAUUACGGACUGAAUAUUUUAAAGAGCUUCACGGGGCAAUACAAUUAUUUGAAAUUUAUCUCUCAAACUGCAGCCUAUCUAAUGACAUUUUGUUUGAAUUUUUAAAUUUUUACUGGCAUGCCAUACGCUAUUUGACAUUUAUCGAUCUCAGCUAUAACGAUAUUGUCAUUAGUACAAACUCUGAAAUCGCAGAAAAUUUGAAGGUUCUAAAACUCUCUCACACUCAUGUAAAAGAUUUUGUUCUAAAUGUUGUCUACACAAGAAGCUGGGCGGUGGAUUUUUCUUUUUCAGAUCUUAAUUCACUCACCAUUGUAGGCGAGGAAGACGUUGUUUUAGAUUAUUUAAAUUUAAGUAACACUAAAUUGAGCACUUUAUGGAUUUCCAAAUCUCAUAUUUAUAUAAACACGCUAGAUAUACGAAAUACGCAUUACUUAAAGUACGAUAGUAACACUUCUAAAAUUUUGAAAUCUCUUACAGUCAAGUCAGCUGUACAUGGUGACAGCUACAAGUUGUGCUGCAGUAAGUUUAGUUGUCCAGGUAUUCAAUCUGUCAAAUGUUUUGCACCUGAUGACCCUAUUACAUCGUGUAACAAUCUACUCGGUGACUUUGUUAAACGUUUCUUGUUAUGGCUGACUGCUUUCAUUGGUAUUGUUGGUAAUGUCGCGGUGAUUAUCAUCAAAUAUGUCAACAACUAUGACCCAAGCACAUUUAAGCAUUCUACUUUUAAUAUUGUCUUGUCAGAUUUGAUCAUGAGCGUGUAUUUACUGUUCAUAGCAGGAGCUGAUGUUUACUACCGUGACGACUACGUGUUGUAUGACACAGAAUGGCGAGACAGUUCACUGUGUAAGGCCGCAGGUUUUCUCGCUACUCUCUCGUAUGUCGCCUCUGGCGUGUUUGUGGUUCUGAUCACAGCUCAGAUGUAUAAUGUCCACAGGCAUCCAACACUAGAACAACAGCCUAUAAAAAUUAGUUUAGUCUCGCUGUACGUGUGUGUCUGGUGUCUGUGUGUCGUCAUCUCCCUUUUACCUAUCCUUAUCCCAGCUGUAAACAUCUACUCUUCUAAUGCUUUGUGUAUCGGGUUUCCUUUACCUAACAAACAACAAGCUGGCUGGAUGUUUGCGAUUUUUAUACACAUUAUUAUGUCAGGUGUGGAAAUCAGCCUAACGGUUAUCGGUCUGAUUCUGAUUCUCAAGGUAAUUUUAUUUGAUAGCAGUUGUGUGGAGAGCGAAAUAAACAACACAAAAACGCUGUUCCUUAUCAUUCUAUCUAGCAUCAUCCGUGGCUCCAUUAUCUCCAUCACAGGACUGUUGUCAGCUGUGGGAAUAAAUAUCAGCCCAAACAGAAUGGGCUGGCUCUCUGUGUUUGUACUGCCGCUAAACUCUGCCAUAAAUCCUCUCUUGUUCAUCUGGCAAAUUGUACAGCAAAAAUGGGCCGCUUAUAAAAACAGAACAUAG